UUAGGCUUCAUAUAUUUACAGCACUGUUUCAGAAGUUUCCGAACUGCUAAAACUGGAAUCAUAGGCCCAACACAAUAUUCACCACUGGCCUACCACAGCCAAUCAGAGCACCACUAGCUUACCCACAGCCAAUCAGCUUCUGACUGACGGGCUGCUGCUAGCCGCAUGUGAAAGAUAUGAUGCUGACCAAAGCCUUGGGCGUGUUCCUGGCCGCCGCCAUGCUGUGCACCCUCACGUCCGCACUCCCAGAGUUCAUCGACGAGAUUCCCAACGGCAUGAGAGUCCCCAACCCUUGUGGAUCCUCCAACGUGCCGUUCUUCACCGUGGGUCACCAAGACAUGAGCGGCGGAGGGGCUCUGAACGCUUUUGGACAGGACUUCCUGGACGCCGGGAACAAGCGGAGCGAAGAACUGUGUCGUAAGGACUCUAACGGGGACGGUCGCACUAACGGGCAGGAGCUCGGUGACCCCAAGCGUGAGUGCCAGUUGCGCUACCGGACACCCAGGGUUUGAUGACAAUAACCUGCAGUGUUAGGCGUUAAGGGAGAUGACCUUGGCCUUCCAAGAGGGCGUGGCUUACGUGUACCUUCUUCGGAAUUGGCGACCGUCUUCUCGCUUUUCAACCUUUGUUUAUAUGUAGUUAUAUCGUUAUGGAAAACCUUCUACUGUGUUCAGUUUUUUUCCGAAUCGUUCAAAAAUAAAGACUACGAAAUCUUGCAUUUGA